AUGUCCUUGAUCUUCUUUUCAGCAUCAACAAGGGCGCUGGCUUUGCAAUUCUGCGCAAUGGGAUCGGUUCCACCUGGUGUCAAGGUGACCAACCUCGGUUUCUUGAAUGAGCCUGGGUUUCCCGCGUCGUAUGCCGGCAUGCAAUCUGAUGGGACACAAGCUGCAGAGCUUAUUCGUGUUCUUGCAAAAACCAUCAAAGCCUCCGGUAUGGAUCUCUUCAUCAAUUGCUGUGAUAAUAUCGGGUGGGAAGGACAAGAGCAGAUGAUCACGGCGCUUCAAGCGGGCCCUGAUCCUGCAGAGGCAUACUUAAAAGUGUCAUCACAGGCGAUGGACUUGGGUGACGGAAUGAGCGGAUUUAUCGGGCGGAUUUACCCCCUACAUAGUUCUUCGGGAGCGGUGCAACCGGAGAGGGCAUGCCAUGGGCGCGCAAUAUUCAGUUGCGCUCGUGGAUGCAAAUGCCAGCGGGUUUCCUUAUUGGAUUCGGGUCGAGAGCUCAACUACAGACAGUGGUCUCACACUCUGAUCGGAGACGAUAUCAUUCCCAGCAAGCGAUUCUGGGCUUUUGCGCAGUUCAGUCGCUUUGCUCGACCAGGAACACGACGUGUCGAAGCUACGAGCUCUGCUCCUCUGCUGCUCUAUGUUAGCUCGUUCCUCAAUCAUGAUGGUAGAGUUGCCACUCAGGUCAUCAAUAACGGAACUGAAGCGUAUGAGGUUAGUUUUAAGGUCCAAACCUCGGGGCGGAUUCACAAAGUUCAACCUUAG